CCUUGGGAGCGAAGGAGAGAAACUAAUCCAAUUUAUGAGGCGUCAUCGCUAAAUGGACCCUCGCAAAAGCAGCAGUUUACGAUGCAAAGUCACGGACAACGUGCAGAAACUCGAGAACAAUCCAGAGAAAGUCAGAAUGUGCGUACAUUUACAGUUACGACCUAUAGUGAGUCAUGAAACACCUUCCAUUGAAACAAAUUGUUUUAUGCAUGACUCUGAAGGCAUUUCCUCAACAAUUCGAUUGGUAACGUAA